AAGACAUGUGGUGAGUUGAUUUCAGUGUGGCCGUGAUUAAGUCAACAAACGUGAAACGUCAAUCAAGUUGCAUCAGAAGAAACAACGGUGAAGUAGUUGCUAGUUAGCAAUUUUCUUGCAAAUGCUAAGAUUUCAUUCAUAACAACGACAGUGAGCACUCAUUUCUCCUCAAUUGGUCUUCUUGAGAUUUGUAUCCUCCUCUCUUUAAUUAUGGCUUCUUCCUCUACCUCAUCUUCUCCCAACUGGUCAUACGAUGUUUUCACGAGCUUCAGUGGGGAGGAUGUUCGAAAAAACUUCCAUAACCACUUUCUUGAAGAGCUGGAACGAAAACGGAUCAAUGCUUUUAAAGACAACGAGAAGGAAAGAUGCGAGUUGAUCGCCACCGAGCUUGUCCAGGCCAUAAGAGAUUCCAGGGUUGUAGUGGUGGUCCUCUCCAAUACCUUUGCUUCUUCAAGCUGGUGCCUCAAUGAGUUGCUGGAAAUUAUGCAAUGCAAGAGAGAUUUGGGCCAACUGGUGAUACCAGUGUUCUAUGGCUUGGAUCCUUCUCAUCUUAAGAAACAGUCGGGCGACUUUGGAGAGGCAUUUAAAAAGGCUUGCCAUAACCAAACAGAGGAAGUGAAAAAUCAGUGGAAGCAAGCGUUGACAGAUGUUGCUAAUAUACUCGGAUAUCAUUGGGAUAAUGAUGCCAAAAUGGUAAAAGAAAUCGCCAUACAUGUUCUGCUUAAACUAAGUCCAUCACAGGAUUGGGAGUACUUUGUUGGCAUCGAAGAUCAUAUCAAAGAGAUGAAUUUAUUGUUGAAUUUGGACUCAGAGGAAGUAAGGACGGUUGGGAUCUGGGGCCGCUAUGGAAUCGGCAAGACUACGAUUGCAAGAUCUAUAUUUCGCCUAAACUCUUCACAUUUCCAAAGUAGCAAUUUCAUAGACAGGAGGUUUGUAUCUAAGAGCAUGGAAAAUUAUAGUAGAUCCAACCCGGAUGACUAUAAGGUAAAGUCGCGUUUGCAAAAAUCAUUUUUGUCUGAAAUUUUAGGCAAAAAGCACCAGAAAGUGCUUAUCGUUAUUGAUGGUCUGGAUGAUCAGUUGGUGUUAGAUGCCUUGGCGUUUCAAACUCAAUGGUUUGGAAAUGGGAGUCGAAUCAUUGUGGUUACACACGAUAAAAGUCUUUUAAUGGCACAUGGGAUUGAUCAAAUUUAUGAGGUGUCUCUCCCUUCUGAAGAGCAAGCUCAUAAGAUAUUCUGUCGAUCCACAUUUCGGCAAGACUAUCCACCUGAAUGUUUUAGAGAGCUUGCUUUCGAAGUGGUAACUAACCAUACUCCUUUUAGUCUUAAUUUUUUGGGUUGGUGCUUACGGGGUAGGGACAAAGAGGAAUGGUCCGAAUGGAUAAAUAGAGCACUUAAGUUCCCCUAUGAUGUGUUGUUACAUAACGAAAAAGAGAAAUUGAUUUUUCGUUACAUUGCAUGUCUUCUUAACUUCGAAAAAGUUCGUGACAUCCUGUGGCUGCUAGAAGAUAGUGAUUUGGGCGUUGAAAUCGGGCUUAAUAAUCUGGUUGAUAAGUCUCUCGUACAUGUAAGAGAAGAUACUAUUGAGAUGCACUGCUCGCUACAAGAAUUGGGAAAGGAUAUUGUGCUUGCACAGUCUAAUGAGCCUGAAAAGCGAGAAUUCCUUGUGGACUCGACAGAUAUAUGCCAUGUGCUUGAAGACAACAUUGCUACUACAAAGCUUUUAGGUAUAUCAUUGGAUAUGGAUGAGAUUGGAACUAUACAUGAGAGCGCCUUCAAAGGACUGUGUAAUUUGAGUUUUCUAAUUUUUUACACUAACCACAAGAAAGAAGUAAGGUGGCACAUACCUAAAGAAUUUGAUUAUUUCCCCCAUCGGCUAAGACUACUGAGGUGGGAUAAUUGUCCUUUGAGAUGUAUGCCUUCUAAAUUUUGUCCUUCAAACCUUGUUAAGCUCCAAAUGUUGGGGAGCAAACUUCAGAAGCUUUGGGAAGGAGUUCAACCACUUGAAGGACUCAAGAUUAUGGAUUUGGAGGGAUCUAAAAAUCUUCAAGAAAUCCCAGAUCUUUCUAAGGCUAUUAAUCUCGAGAUACUUCAUCUCAACAAUUGCUCGAGUUUGGUGGAGCUUCCUUCCACUAUCCAGUAUCUCAAUAAUCUGGAGGAGUUGAACAUGCAGUUCUGCGAAAACCUAGAGAUUCUUCCACAAGGUGUCAAUCUUGAAUCUCUAGAUCGCCUUGAUCUUAGUGGAUGCUCACGGUUGAAGAGUUUUCCUGAUAUCUCAACCAAUAUCACAUGGCUCGAUCUAAGCGAUACAGCAAUUGAAGACAUCCCACAUAAGUUGCAUAUAAAGAAGCUCGCUUGUCUUUUCAUGGAAACAAUUACGACUACUAAACUGUGGGAAGGAAUGCAGGUAUUUACUUAAUCUUAUAUCACUCUUGCUAGGUUGAAUUUUUAAACGUUAUGAAAACAAGUUCCUCGAGAAAAACUAGUAGCUAUUCGUUUGGGUCAAUUUGUGAUAUAGCCAACUUCUCAAUAAGCAUUAAGAAUAAAGCAAACAUAAACGUAUAAUGCACUUUUGGUAACAUCCCAUAUAUAUUAAAAGAGAAGCAUUAUUA